CGUACGUAGCUGUCAUUUGAUUGAUGGUGGUGCCGUAUGUCUCGCGAGUUUUAUUUUUAAUUAUUUUUCUUGAAGUCAUGUUAAUUUAACCAUUAAUGAAAACAUGUCACUCAGGGAAAAUUUAUGUGAACUUGGCUGGCACCUAAGUGAAGAAGGUCUUGAUAUUGUUAGUGAAAAUGGUCAAAUAGAAGAUAUAAAUAUUCUUACUAAGAAGGCGUUAGAUUAUGAUUUAAGAGAUAUAGGGGAUGCUGCACUUCCUGAAGACUUUACAAAGGAACCAUCGAAGUUAGAGAAGCCAGUAAUAUUACAAAUACAAAAGGUCAGAAAUGUGUCAGCUCCGAAGGCUAAUGAAGAGUCUACAUCGGCCCCUCGAAUGCUAAAGUUAACGUUACAUGAUGGUAAAUCGACAUGUACAGGCCUAGAAACUAGUCCUAUACCAAGUUUAAGUAUUAACACUCCACCGGGUACCAAGGUGUUGUUGAACAAUGAGGGCCUAGAGGUGUGUCACGGUGUGGUGUGGUUAGUGCCUGAAGUCAUAUCAGUUUUGGGUGGAAAGGUUACUCACAUGAUUGAGAAAUGGGAACUAAAUAGGAGUCUUGCUAAACAUACAAGAGGGGGUAUUGGUGUUGAUGGUGGACCUCCACCAUGGAUUCCAUUUGGACAAAGACUGGAAGCUCUAACAUUAGAGAAAAAUUAUAAGAGUAUAACAGAAGCUGCUAAACAAGAUAAUGCAGAGUUUGAAGCUCAGAGGAAAGGGGCCAUCGCUGAAGCUCAAAAAUUAUCAUCCGGUGUCAAAAAGGUCUUUGGAGGAGGCACAAAACCCCUGUUGGAUGCAAAUGUUCAGAAGAUUGUUGAUGCUGGCUUUUCAGAGGAGCAAGCUGAAAAUGCUCUCAAAUAUACUAAAAACAAUGUAGAUAGGGCUCUUAAGAUUCUACAGAAAAGAGAUAACUCGGAGAGUAGAAGUAAAGAGAAACAGCAAAAGGAACAGGAACCACCCAAACGCAAGGGGCGAAACAAAGAUAAUGAUGAAGAGAUACAAGUAAAGCCUUCAGGAAAGGUAUCAUUAUUUGACUUCUUAGAAGAUAAAUUGCCUAAUGUACCUGAAAGAGACAGAAGUAAUCGCCAGAAUAACUCACAAGAGGACAGAAGUGAUCGGAACAACUACAGGGAAAGGAAUAGUGGUAGAAAUAACUCCAGAAAUCAGGCAGCUAGGUUUGAUGGUGCCAAUAGACAAAGAUCUGAUGGAAGAGGGCAUUAUUCUCAUGACAACCAUUCUCAUAGAGAUGACAGAAAGUACCAAGCUCAGAGUGAGAAACCACCGCGGUUCCAGAGGAAAUUAGAAGAGAAAAAUAAACAACAGCAGCAACAGUUUCAACAUCACAAUCAGAAUCAAUUCCAGGCUAAUAACCUAAACAAUGUGAACAUGCAAUAUAACAAUUCAUAUCACAACUUGCCACCGCAGCAACAGAGCCAUUACAAUGAUAGUAAAAAUAUGCGAGGCGAGAGGAAUUAUAACAAUGACAAUAAAGCUCAACAACCUCAGAACUAUCGUAACAAUGCGCAGAGCACUAUGGAGAGCUUAGUGGACGCCACGGCCGGCCUCAACCUGCUGGCCACGCAGCGCGCCGUCGAGGAACUGCAGCAGCCGCGCAACUACCCGCCGCUCGACCAGGUCUACGCCAAGCAGCAGCAGGCCGCGUACCUCGCCGCGCAGGCCAUGCCCGAGCCACAGCCCUUCCGCCGCGGCAGCGACCUGCAGAAGUACCAGGAGCAGCCCUACCAGCGCCGCCAGCAACCCAACGGCUACGUGGAGUCGCGGCAGAGCGGGAUGUACGGCGGCGUAGCGGGAUACAUGUCCGGCGCCGCGGCCGGGGGCUUCGCGGCGGGACGACAGUACGGGUACGGCGCGCGGCCGCAGGACUACGGCGGCGUGCGCGGCGCACCCUUCCUUGCCAACUCCCUGCUAGGCUUCCAGAACGCGGCCGUCAACGAGCAGGCGCGCGCCAUGCUCGGGGUCGCAGACAUCAACUGGAAGGUGGGCGACCGCUGCCUCGCGCUCUACUGGGAGGACAAUAAUUUCUACGAGGCCGAGAUCACGGGCAUAUCGGCUAAGACUGUAGUUGUCAAGUUCUGUGCCUACGGUAAUCACGAGGAGAUUCUCAAGACCAAUUGCCUACCAUUCCCUAACCAAGGUGCGUAGUAUUAUAGCCGUCGUGUCGCGACAUCUCCAGCCGUAGGUUAAAGAAGAAGAAAGAAAACGUGGUAUUUUUUAUUGAGUCCGUCUCCAGCGCGCGGUUAGGUCGGCGGGUCACUAGCUGUGUCGAUAGUCCAUUGAGGUGGCGUGGUCCCGCAGGGUCUGCGGCGGAGGGCGCGCAGUUCCUGGCGCAGCGCGGCGUGUUCGCGGCGCGCCGGCCCUAGUGCUGCGCCGCGGCUCCGCCCGCGCCCGCGCCCGCGCGGCCCGCCAGCUGACGCCGCCCACUCCGCUAGCUGAACGUGCAUCCGACCCACCCACACACCCACACACCCACACACCCACACACCCACACACCCACACACCCACACACCCACACACAUACACGCCCGACUCAUCAGACACAAGGCAGCUACAUGGAUUUCUUGAGAUAUACCCAUUGAAGUUAUUGCUAACAUUUUUAAGGUUGGAGCUGCGAUUUCGUUACCGUUUCUGUAACUAUUUCAUAAGAACAGACCACACAACACGUGUGCAAUUAUGCCAUGUCAGAGAACUUGUAUGUAAAAGUAUCCUUUGUAUAAAAUACUAAACGGUUAAUAUAAUUGUUGAACUGUAAUGUUUCCUGGUAAUGCAUUAUAGCUUUACGUGAAAUUAGUUAAUUCAAAACGAAGUGAUUGCGAAUAAUGACUUUCAUCUGAUCAUGUUGUUUACUACACUUUUCAUUAUCGACCUGCAUUUGGACAUAAGAAAAGACAACCUAAUAUCAUAUUUUCUACAACUUCAAGUUUGACUGAAAAGACUGAGAAAUACAAAAGAUUUUCCACAGAACAUCAAACCGCUAUUUACUUGCAUAACUUGCGAUUUAUUUCGUGUACUCUACGCAACGGUAACGAUUACAUUUGACACGCGAUUCGCGCUCCAUUAAAUGAAAUACUUCAGCUACUGGCUACAUACACGCCAAUAGAUAAGUGUGAGUUCACUCAAUCACGGUCUCUGGGUGGCCGGUAUGGGCGGUAUGACUCGGUUGUAUGUUCAGCUCCAUUUCUAGUUUGGGAUGAGUGAAUGAAGUUGAAAUAUACUUGCGAUCGAAGCGUUUGGUAGUCACACUGAAGGUUCUCUCUGGCAGUCAUCAUUAUAAUACCUCCCUACAAUGUAUGUAAUAAUAAAUAAUAAGUACGUGUUAAAUGUUCAUAUUCAAUUCCGUAUCACACGCGGAAGUUUGUGAGUUUUCAACUUUCUUCACUUAAUGUAUAAAGGGAAAUGAAAGGGCUCACACGCCGCUGCGUAGCUUCUUAUUUUAUACUUGUACAAAGGUUUUAAAUACAUGCGUCUGCAUAUUGAAAAAUUAUUAUCAAGUAAUUUGCAUUUAUUUGUUGUCUUCUUUUUAAAAUUGUAUAUCUAUUGUUGUUUAUGUCUUUGAUCUAAAGAAAAUGCAGAUAUAUUUUGGAUAUAUCUGUGUAGAAGUAGUAAUUAAGGCGUGCUUUUAUAAAUUACUAGACUUAUGUCAGGUUUGUACAACAAUGUGGGUUACUAUAAUAAUUAUGCCCAUCGAAAGAGAUUGGUUGCAUGUAGUAUAUUGUUCGCAUUACGUCAGAACACUUGUGCCCACACAGAUGUGAAUCAUUUUACUGUAUGUAUUGCAUCAGCUCUUCUUACUCGUAUUAGUUCUGAACCAGAGGUUCGUAGUGCCAAGUUAACGAAUUAUGAAUGCUCUUCUAUAUUUUUAUUUGUUUUAGUUUAAGAAUCGAGAAUCGAAAGAAAAGUAUUUAUAAACCAUUAGACCAUGUCUGAAAUUAUAAUAUUAUUAUUUAUUGUUAAGUAUUUCUUUGUGCAACAUGUAUAUUCUAAACUGAGACAUGUUUGUAGACUAGUGAAUCUCGUUCUAGGUUCUAAAACGGUAGCUUGCCUAGCCUCCUUUCAAUGAACUGAUUUUUUGUAUUUGUAUCGAUUCAUGUCAGGAUGCUUGACCAAGUUACCAAUACGUUGCUUUUAGUUCAGAAUUGAACCUCUUGUUUAUAAUUGUUGGAGUACAAUAUACAUGUUGCACAUAUCGCUAAUCAAUUUAUAAGAGAAGCUACGCAGGUCGUUGUGUAUGUAGGUCUAAUUAAACCGUUCUUAAUGUUUAAAUAUAGGUAAUGUAAUAUUAAAAAAGAUGUAACUCUGAUGCGUUAAUUUAUUGUCAGUCCGUAUGUAACCAACAGCAGUAGCGGGUUGCUUGUAUAAGUGUAUUUUGUUGUAAUUUUAGCGCAAAACAUGUAAUAUAUUAUAAUUUCAGUUAAAAUAUUGUUUGAAAUGUAUUUGUUUUAUUUUAUAUCCGUGUCUAAAUAGAUAUAAAUAAUUGUACCUACGAAAUCACCUACCGUUUACUGCUUCGUGUUGUAUAUUAAGUUAACAACAAACGAGAUGUAUUUAUAGUUUUUUUCUAUGAUGAAUUUAUAUGCGACACUAAUCAUUCGCACUUGCUACUUAUUUUAACGAAGAAAGAAACUCAUUAGUGAUAGCUGGGUCAGCCGGUAGCAGGUGAGAAUAUAUGGUGGGAUCAAAUAGGAUCUGUGAGUUGUCCGAGGGACUCACGCUGGUACACACUUAUUAUUAUCGAUUUCUAUUCGAUAUCAUGUUAUAUUUCACAAGUUCAAAGCACUGGGUUGUCUAUUUAUUGCAUAGUUUCACAUUCACUAUGACUUUCGCGCGAUCAGGAAGGAACAUUUAGGUCUUAUGCCUUAGGUUUUGUUUAGAAUUAUUCAAAGAUUUGUAUAAGACGGGUAUUUUUGGUCAUACAUAUUGUGUAUAGUUUUUGUAAGUGUAGAUAAAUAUUAUCUAAAUACUCGGUGAAGUGUAACGAUCUAGUAUUGUCCGCAUUGAUGCAGUGACGUCUUGUGGUCUGCCUAAAUAUAAUCUUGACGAACGGCCUUAUGUUCCUAUCUUUUAGAUGUUUAUAGAUUAACGUUUAAGUAGAAUUUAAACAAUUUGACGCCACUUUUGUUCGUGUGAUGUUUGCCUGGUCGCGCGCAGGUCAUAUUCUCUUGAGUUUUUAUUCUAAAACUUAUUUACUAAACUGAUUGCAACAUCAGAAUAUAAUUUAAUGUAAACCAAAGCUCAAUGACAUCUUAGUUGUUAGUAGACGCAGGAGUGCUCAUAUUGAUGUAAAACCGCGUUGAAUACAUUUCUACCAUCACUUUGUAAUUAUGUUGAGUUGAGGUGAACGUUUAUUAACAAAAAGCUAAUAAAAGAAACCGUGACA